GCUUGGCAUGCAUUGUCGUGCCGUGCUUGGAAGGCGCGAUCGUGUCCUCAACAGCCAGCUGUUAGAAGCUUCUAUUGCGACGCACACGCUCGCCUUGACGAACCGACGACGAACUACCUCCCCGGCAGCUUCAAGGAUAACUGCCUACCGGCCUCAAACUGGCUGUUUCGUAGACAAGUCGACGGCCUGCAUUGCUGUAGCGGCUUGACCCUGCGAUAAUCGAAGCUAUCGAAGUUGCGCCUAAAACAAGCUGAGAGAGAGAGCUCUCGAGAUGGGGCUCAAUCUCUUUCGCGUAGCCGGGGACCUCUCCCACCUGGCAUCCAUCUUCAUUCUGCUGCACAAGAUCGUCCAGCUUAAGAGCUGCUCUGGCAUCUCUUUCAAGUCGCAAGUCCUGUACCUGUUAGUCUACAUCACACGCUACUUGGACCUCCCAUGGACGCACUCCCCCUACAACUUCAUCUUCAAGGUCCUCUUCAUCUCCUCCCAGCUCUACACAAUCUACCUCAUGACCAAAGCCUACCGGCCGACCAACGACCCGGGGCUCGACACCUUCCGCGUCGAGUACCUGCUGGGCUUCGCGGCCGCGCUGGCCAUCCUUUUUCCCGUGAAAUACACCGUGCUCGAGGUCUUCUGGGCGUUCUCGAUCUGGCUCGAGUCGGUCGCCAUCCUGCCGCAGCUCUUUAUGCUGCAGCGCACGGGCGAGGCCGAGGCCAUCACGGCGCACUACCUGUUUGCGCUAGGCACGUACCGCGCCCUGUACAUCCCCAACUGGAUCUACAGGUACAUGACGGAGCCACACCACAAAGUGGAUACCAUUGCCGUGGUGGCCGGUGUGCUGCAGACGGUGCUGUAUAGUGAUUUCUUUUGGAUUUAUUAUACCAAGGUGAUGAAGGGGGAGAAGUUCAAGCUGCCGGUUUAAAGGGCGAUGUUUCGGAUUGGCCUGGGCGGGAAUGGGUGACGGUUGGUGGGAGCUUGAGGGUGAGGUAACGAUGCCAUCUAUCGCAUCGUCCCUGUUUCUCUCCCUCCCGAGGUGUUGUGGGGGUCAAGGGGGCUAUGUGUGAUGAACGACAUGGAUGGAUGGAUGGAAAAGUAGUACAAGGCUAUAAUCACGCGAGGCUGAGGUACGAUUUGGUCGUUCGGAGACAGAAAAAGAGGCGGCUAAUGCCUGUCCGGCGUUUGGGAGAUAUGGGUUCUACUUCAGCUGAAUUUGGAGGCGGCGGGUUACGGUCGGAUAACAAUUGGUCGAACGUCUUCAAUGUAUAUAAAUAGCGGUUCUGCAAAAAGCUGGAGUUGACGUUGUUUGGC